UGAAAAUCAAAUAGAAUAUACUAUUUUUUAUUUAUUCAGUGUAGGAAUGACGUUUUUUGUUAACUGUUUACCAACAAAAGAUAAAGUGUUGUGCUCAACCAAUUCAGCAAAAAAAAUCACUAUUUUUCCCAAAGAAUAACAAAUUUAUAUUCUAAUUGGUUGCAUAAAUUGUUUAGAUUAAAAUGGUUUUCACUUGGUGUAGCGUGCCACUGUGUAAAAAUUUAGCAAGUCCUUAUAAAGAUCAUCAAUUUUACCCCUUUCCAACUGAUCCAAACCUCCGUUUGCGAUGGAUACAGAUUACUAAAUAUUCGAAGGAAAUUGUGGGUCGGGAAGCCGUUUGUUGUUUGCACUUCACGAAGGACAACUUCGAGUAUUGCAAGCAAACAAAUUCCUAUGUAUUGAAAUCCUCCGCACUACCCAAUCAAUAUCUACCAAAGACAGGAGAGUCUGAUAGUUUUCCGUUCACGCCGAACAAAGGACGAAUAACCAAACAGGAUGCGGGAUUGCACUUCUCCGAAUUGCUGCGCAAAUUACGUGAAUCAGUACCGGCCACAGUUUCGAAGCCAAAAUCAACUUAUCUAUCCAACAAGGACCUCGAAGUGAGGAAGAAACUAAAAGAAGAUCCUUACAUUCGGGAGUAUGUGAUGAAAGAGGCCUUUCCCAAUUUAAAUUAUGAAGCACUGUCGUUGCUUCUGAAGAAAGUAACAGAUCCCAAUGGAAAAGUGACUAUCAAUCACAGUUCAGCAAAGCACGUGAUAUCGUUGACCUACCAAACGGCAGGCGACCUUGAAGCAUCGGACGAGCUAAAUGCUCGUAACAUGGUCCAUCUGGCGCGAGACGAACCGCAGGCUUCACGCAUGAGACCACGUGAACUGGCCGACGAGCUGGACUUUACCGGCCAGAUUAGUUUCACGGAAAAGUUUCCCAACAUUUACCGCGACAACUAUUUCGACAUUUGGCCAACGCAGCGUCGAAAACGAGGUAAAGUGGAAGUUGUUCCAGACUCAGACGAACAGGCAGAGCGAAGUAAAUCGAAACCUUAUGUCUACAAAGUGUGUUACAAAUGCUGCAAACUGGUCCCCAACGAGGUUAUUCCCGUUCACUUGCAGAUGUGCGACUUCAGAAUGUCGCAAUGUACGACCUGUUUCGCGGGAUUCCUUUCACCUACGGAGCUGCACGAUCACAUCAAAGCGUCACAUCCGGACGCGUUGAAUGAAACAGCCACCACGGGACCUUACCAAUGUGGCAAAUGCGACAACACUUACUUCAAGUUGCCCAUGCUAGAGAAACACAUUAGCGAACACCAGAAAAUCAUUCAGGGAUCUAAAUUCGAGUGUGGAUUAUGCACAUCGGUGUUCGCGGACAUGACAGAUCUGACAACGCACUUCAUUAACGAACACGAAAUUCGCCAGGAUGUAGCGAUGGUAGCACCGAAUGAUGCACGGACUGCGACAAAAGAGGUGACUCCACUUGUGUACAAGUGCGGUUUUUGCGGUGAACAUUUUGGCCACUCCCAAGCGGUGGCCGACCAUUUGAAGGAGAAACAUGGGAACGACAUGAUUCAAUCCGAUCAACCGAACGUCGGUAUGCUCACCAAACCAACCGUCGUUAAGAAUCCAUCCAAACUGACGGAAGCUGAUAUGGGAGGACCGGAAGGAACGUUCGACAUUUUUCUGUGCAAGCAUUGUCCGGCGCGCUAUCGAACUCUGAAAGACUUCAAGACCCAUUCGGAGCUCUUCACUGGUCAUCGGCUGUUAAAGAAUUGCACCUUUUGUGAGAAUGAAUUCACCGACGAGGCCGCCUACAACAAUCACAUAAAUACGCACAAUCCCGAAAAGCUUUUCCGGUGCAAUAAAUGCAUCGGAUCGGCGAGCAACUUUGAAGAUUUGGAGCAACUUGUUGAGCAUCGUAGAAAGGUACAUCCUACCGAGAUUAGUUGGCUGUUCAGAUGUUGUAAAGUUUGCAAAAAAGCAGUAUUUGGUCCCACGAUGGGACAGCAUAGAGCUUUUCACCGGUUGAAUACCCAAUUCCAAUGUCCUGAAUGCAAUACCUUCAUGCCGCUGAGCGAGCGUAAAUUCCACGUCCAACAACAUCAAAAUGAGCAGAAUACUCUUCGAAAAUGCCGAUUUUGUCACGUAUUCGAGGUAAAAGAACUCCUCUCGGAACACGAAGCCAUCUAUCACCCGGAAGAAAGUCCAUACAUCUGUGUGCUCUGUGGAACAAAGUGCGAUACUCAAGAACAGUUAAAGCGUCACGCUGACUUGUCUCAUAGCCCGGUGGAAUUCAGAUCGCUCGGAUCGAGCUUGUACAAAACCAUCGUGGUCGAGAAUGCCGAGUAUUAUGAGUGUCGAAUUUGUCUCGUCGACCACGUCUAUCGUGCCGAAAUGGUUAAGCACAUUCGUUCGGAUCACUUGAGAAGACCGCGCCAAAAUACGUGCACAAUAUGUGGUCGCAUAUUUAGAAGGGCACGUACCCUACUCACACAUUUGAAAAAGCUGGAAUGCCAACCAGGACAGAAUUUGCCUCUCGUGAAGAAACCUUGCUGGGUGUGCAAGAAAUGGCUACCGAAGCAAGACCACUUGGAACACUUCAAACGCGAACAUGUAGGACAGUUCCCCGUCGAAUGCGUUCUCUGUGGCCAAGUCUUCAAGGAACAGUACCAACUGGUUCAGCAUAUAGAUGUCAACCACACCAGCGAUGAGCGACGGACGUUCAUCACGAGGCAACGUGGCUAUCAGGUAUACGUAGAUGGUAAGUAUCAGUACUAUGAAUGCAAACUGUGCUGCCAAGAGUUCACCCAUAAAGUGACUUGCGAGGAGCAUCUGCAGUCGCACACUUUCGAUACUUAUUUGAACGACUCGGACAUCAUUAUGGAGAUUGAUGUAGUAGAAGAAUUAAAUGAUGAAAAUAAAGAUGAUGGAGAUCAAUGAUUGUGAAAAUUGA